UCCCCAUUUCUCUCCUUCGCGUCUGCCCAACUUCCUUACAGUUUCAUAACUACUCUCGGAAAAAAAUUCAAAAACCAAAUUCAUUCUCUCCUCCUUUUGUAAAUCUUCGAUGUCAGCUUCAUCAUCGUCAAUUGAUAAUCAACAAUUUUAGAUUUUAGUGGAGUAAACAGUAAAUCAGAAGUUUUAAAUGGGAAAGAAAAAGCCUAGAACAAAUGCGAAAGAAAUUGAGUGCGAUUCAGAAGAAGCAGAAACAGCGAAUCGAGUAACAAAUGCAAUGACAGGAAGUAGCGAAAUUGAAUGUGAUUCAGAUCCAGAUCAAACUGAGAGUCAAGAGCAGUAAAUCAGAAGAAAUCGGAUGAAUGGGAUGAAGAAGAAGUAUCAUCUGGAAAGCCAUAUAGAGAAGGUUUUUCUGCUUUGUCGGCUUUAGUGAGGGUUAUGAAUGAAAAAAAUUGAAGUCGAGUAAAGAACAAUUGGAUGUACUUAUGGAAUCUCCCUUUGGUGACUUGUACAUAAUGUUCUUGGAGAAUGAAUACGGUCCAUCCCACUGGAACAAAACUGAUAAAGCCUUCACGAAGUUCUUGAGGUGCUUCAAAGGAGCGACAAAACAUGAAAUCAAGUUUGAGUUUGUUCAAAAUGGUGAAAAACACAUAUUCACGUCCACGCCACAAGAGCUGGGUCUCAUUCUUGGAAUGCCAUGCAUUGAAGGGAGAAAACGUGCAACAAAAGAGGCGAUGUAUGGUGGUUGCUUUAGAGAAUCUGAAUUUUACCGUAGGAUUUUUGGUAAAGAUAAAUCUGCAACAAAGGCAUCGAUACGAGAAGCAAUCUACUGAUUGGUAAAAGCUAAUGGAGAAAAUGAAAUGGAACCGUCUAUUAGAAGGAGGGGUAAUGAAGACUUGGCGAUGCUUAUCGGUCUGUACAUGUGCAACACUAUCUUUUUUACAACGAAAGAUGCAAUUACAAUAAAGGAGAAGUAUCUGGGUUUAGUGGUUAAUUUUGAAAGAUGUAAAACCUUGUCAUGGGCACACCUGAUACAUGCACAUUUGGCCAGACGCAUCAACAAAAGUUUCAAAAACCCAGAAAACAUUACUGGAUGUGUUUUUUUAUCUUCCGAUUUGGUUUGCUGAGCAUACCAAAAUAAUGGUGCCAAAAGCAUUACCAGAAGAUAAAUUUGUACCGAGAGCAGGUAGGUGGAAUCUGAAACAGAUUUGCACUGCAUUACUCAAAAACAUGGAUGAGUCGAAAUAUGUGUUUGAUCAAAAAUUUGUCGAGCCUUACACUGAGAAAGAAAAGGUUGUAUUGAAUAUGAGUGAAGAGGGUGGCAUUAUGUUCUUGGAAGAAGGAAGAGAAGACAAAUAUGAGGAAUUGAGGAUGACUAUAAAGUCAAGUUGGAAACAAAUGCAGAAAAUGGAUUGUAAUAAUGAAAAAGUUGUGCCUAAAAUGCAAGAGAUGUUGAACAAGAUCUACUUCAAAGCCUACCCAGACAUUCAGCCUGAUAGAAUACAUAAAGAAUUUGAUGAUUCUGUACAAUUGGAUGAUGAUGCAAAACUUGAUGUGCCUAUGUCACAUCAAGAAGCACCAGAAGAUGAUUCCAGUUCGGCACAGGUUAAAAAGGAUGAUGAUGCAAAAGUUGAUGUGCCUAUGUCACAUCAAGAAGCACCAGAAGAUGAUUCCAAUUCGGCACAGGUUAAAAAUGAUAAGAGGGUUGAAUUUGAUGAUUCUGUACAAUUGGAUGAUGAUGCAAAAGUUGAUGUGCCUAUGUCACAUCAAGAAGCACCAGAAGAUGAUUCCAAUUUGGUACAGGUUAAAAAUGAUAAGAGGGUUGAACUUGUUUUUGGUGAUGAUGUUGAAAACAUGGACGUUGCCGAUAUUUUAAUAGGGUUGAAGGAAACACCAAGAUUGCAGACCUCGGCAACGGCUAUUAAUCCAGAGCCAACUCCUAUUGUUACAGAAACAACUUCUAGUGCUCCUAUUGCUCCUGAAGCAAAGGUUGCUGAUGAAUCUCAAGAGGCAAAUCAUACUGCUCCAGAAACAACAAGUUCUGCUUCUCCAAAGCCUGCUAGUGAAGAUCCAAAUGUUACUGUUCCUGAAGAUCCAAAUGUUACGAAACCAUAUCUGGUUUUCGAGAGGAAUUUUAAAAAGAGGAAAGCUUCUGAGUCGAAUGUACAAAAAGACGAUAUUCUAGCAGAGAAUAAGAAGGCAAAGGACGAACACAUUGCCGCAAGGUCGGCCGAAAUUAUUAAAAAGUUUGAAGAGGAAGGAUUCUAUAAAGGAAAUUCGAUGGAUGGAAAUGGUAAAACAUCCUUGGAAAAAGUUACAAGGGAGUUGGCCAAGACAAUAGAAAAGCUUCAAGAGGAUGGAGAAAGUAAACCAUCGACUGCAAAGAUCGACGAGUUCGCACUGGCUACUAGCAGAAACAGGAAUAAUAUACAAGUAGAAGCGUCUUCAGUGGUGACUAAGGAAAAGGAAACCCUGUCUUCUGAGUUGAGGGUCAUGAAUCACCCAGAGAGGUUUUUGAAUGAAGCACAUGACGAGAAACGGAUUCUUUUGAUUCUAGACCUGAAUGGGGUCCUUGGUUCUUUUGGUUAUAGGAAAAUUUCAUAAUUGAGGCCUCACUGUUAUGAGUUUGUGCGCUUCUGUGUUGCGUCGUUUAAAAAAGUGGUGUUUUGGUCUUCAAUGACCAGUGCAAAUACUACGAAGGCAAUGAAAAAGAUAUUCCCGCCAGAUUUGGACAUACAACAAAUCCAGAUAUGGAACCAAGCACAUUGCACUGACACCAAGAUUCCGGAUCCUGAAUCUGAUAAAGCUUCCAAGCCAUGGUUUCUAAAGGUAACAUACCAAAUCAACGCCCGUUUUUCAGGAGACUUCGAUCAUGCUUUAAACACUAUUAUGGUGGACGAUUCUCCAUUGAAAACAGUUAUUAAUCCAACGUAUUCUAGCGCAACACAACGGUGUUUCCGAAAACAUGGCAUCCUGGGGAUGCGAAGGGUAACGCAUUAAGCAAAGAUGGAGCUAUCCGCAGUUUCCUCUAUAGUCUACCGUAUGAUGGGCAUAUCCAAGACCAUGUGCUAACAAAACAUCCCAAAUGUUUCCGUCAAGAGGAAGCUGAUAGCACAAUCGCUAUGGUUUGGGGUAAUUCAGAUUAUGCGACAAAAUUAAGAAAGAUUGAGGAACAGGAUAGAACAAAGUCCGGAUCUACAAUAAUUGGAAAAACAAAGGCCGGAUCUACAACAAUUGGAAGCUCUUGAUCCACAAAAUGGAGAUAGAUAUCAAAAUGGAGAGACAUAUCAGCUUAUAUAUUAUAUAGAUAGAGCUAUCAUAACACAACCAUAGACAGAUAAAGCUGUGGUCGUGCGACUCGUGCAAGUUCAAAAAAAUUGAGAGUGUUGAAUUCAAGAGUCCAAGUGGCUUCUUUAUGUAAGGAAAUUGAAAAAAAUCUUCAUCUGUAAAAUCUGCAAGACCUGUCUUAAAUAAAGAAACAACCACUACAUUUCAUCAUA